AUGCCGGACGGAGAUGAGAAAGAGACAGAUGUGAACAUGUGGUCCCCUGACAAGGAUCGCAAUGACAAAGUGCAGGGAAUAGAGCGGAAAUCAACGGUCGAGGACUUACAGGACAAGCUGCAAGUCGCCUUGUCGGCCCUGGAUGAGACCAAAGGAGCCCUGGAUGCUGCGCAGAAGCGUGUGUCCGAGUUGGAAUCCUCCGUGGCUCAGCCAGCCGAGGAGGAGAAGCCCGCGCCGGUGGAUUGCCGAAUAGAGACCUUGAAGGCCUUCAUGGCCUUCCUGGUCGUAGUUGCAGUGGAAGUCCUCUACUUUGUAGUCAUCCUCGACGAACGUGCCAAAUUUGGCGAUGUGAGCUGUGCUGGCAUUGCCUCCGUCGCCCUGAGGAGCUGUGAGCUCUGUGGCGAUGGCACACUGGUCAUGCCAGUAGGUGGUGACUACGAAAAGUCGUGGCCUGCAGUGUGGCUUGGACUUGUGGUUGGUUCUGGCGGUUUGGAGGUUGGUAUCAUUUGCGACGAGUUUAUGGCGGCGAUUGAGAAGAUCACCAGCAGUAAACGCUCCAAGUGGAUAACAAACCCAGCCGGCAUCUCCUCCGUCUGUAUCUCAGCGCUCGCGCACGGGGAGGUCCGGAGGAUCGAGAAGUACCAGGUCUUCUGUUUCACCUGUGCCGCCUCAGUGCUGGCUUACGUGUGGAUGCUGGUUGUUCUGGCCGGGAUCACACCUGACCGAGUGGAUCUUGCGGAAGGAGUGACAACCUUAGCCUUCUUCUUCGUCUUCCUGGCGAUUGCCUUUUUCUUGGACAAGCAGUUCUCCAAAGAAGGGGUAGAUCCCGAUGUGGCGGAGGUGCACAAACAGCUGGAAGCGCGUUUUGGUCAGUCCGUGUCUUUGGAAGGAGUUCGAGCGAUGAUGAGGACGCAGGGCAAGAAGCCGCCCAUCGAAGCCCGAAACACGAAGAACGAGGCCAAAGGCCAAAUUCUGCGACUCUCCACUGGGGGGAAGAAGCAGCCAAGUAUCUUUGCGUAUGGCUUCCUCGAGUCCGAGGUAGUCUGUUACGAGAGCGAUGGCUUCGCGAGCCUGCAAAUUGCAGCCUUGAACGGGCCACAUCCAUCACCCGUACGCAUCAAGUAUCGCACACGGAAUGGAAUGGCAAAGGCAGGAAAGCGGUAUCACCAGAAAUCUGGUGUCUUGCAUUUCGUGCCCGAGCAAGACAAGCAGGAACUUAGGAUACCACUGAUGGGGGCAAGAGGUCCUCCUGAAGAAUUCUAUGUGGAGCUGACAGAGAUCAAAGCAGAAGGAGUCGACGGGAAAAAGACCCCACCGAUUCUGGCACAAAGUGGCGGCUGUUUGGUUUGGGUCAUCUCAAAUCCCGAGGAUGAUGGCGGAUCACCGCGCGGCCACACUACAGUGAUGCUAUCUCCAACCAGCGACGCAGGUACGGAGUCCAAAAGGUCGCAUUUGGCUGCUGUGCCCAGUGAGAACGAGCCGGACACCUCUGGGGCGUUAUCAUCAUGCCGAUCGGAAGGCAAAUCAGAGGUGAAGUCGGAAGCCAGGUCGGAUGCCAGGUCGGAGGCCCGGUCGGAUGCUCUGCAAGGCUCCGAGGAAGAGGAUGAGCCUUUCAGCUGUUCGCACUGGAUGGACAAGGCCAUCGAAGCCUUCUACUGCAACGGCAGCGCAGAGGAGCAAGCGCAGGCUACUGCUUUUGACUGGCUAAUGCACUGCCUGGCGCUGACAUGGAAGAUCGCCUUCAUGAUAGUGCCUCCUCCGUCGCUUCUCGGCGCCUACCCAGCCUUCUUCUGCACCCUCAUCGGGAUAGGCCUAGCAACAGUUGUCAUCAACGAUGCUGCUAGCCUGCUCGGCUGCUCUGUAGGCAUGGCAGAUGACCUCACAGCCAUCACCCUGGUAGCGCUUGGGACCAGUCUUCCUGCUCCGGGGCUGCAGAGCAAGUUUUUUGAGUUGUCCUUCGAUUUCGAGGGGACAGAUCUGUGA